AUGCUUUCUACUUUUGGGCCGGCAGGUGUAUGUUCACGCUCCGUGUCUCACAUCAACGGGACAUUCACCACAGUGUCAUGGGCACCAGCCACUGGGCAUUUAGAUUUUUAUAGAGUGACGGUCAGUAACAGCUCUCACAUCUGGACAUUAGAUGUAAGUCCACACUUGCAGGAGGUCACUGUCAGCGGCCUGUGGAACGGCUGCUCCUACAACACCACUGUCCAACGAUUCAGAAGCAACAUCAGUGAAACCGCCGCCACAGUCACCAUACAUACAUUCCCUGCCAGUCCUGAGGGGUUGCGAGUGAUAAGCGUGUCACCUCGUGCUUUCUCACUCCACUGGUUGGCAUCACCUGGAUGUGAUAAGAACUACCUGGUCCAACUGCGUCCUGACCACGGCAAUAUCAACAUCACCACCACAGCAGACAGCGGAGUCCAGGCUCAAGUGUCCGGUGUAACCCCUGGAACAUCAUACACUGUGACUGUCAAUGCGGUGGCUUCGUCAGGGUUCAGCUCACCUGUCAGCCGAAUACUCGUCACCACUAAUGAGUCCUUACCUGCGGCCCCCUCUAAGCCAGAAGGUGAGCGGGUCGGUUCCACAGGGAUCCUGCUGUCCUGGAGAAUGCCAGUGCCUCUCAACCCCACAAUUCACUCAUUUGCCAUCAGAUACAAGGAAAUGUGUCCAUAUCCCGACCCAACCUUCACUGAGGUCAUCAAGAGCCUGGACAUUCCAGAAACCCUGCUGAACACCCUCAGCCCUGGAGCCACAUACAACAUCAAGGUUGCAGCUGUAAACAAAGCAGGAAUUGGACCUUUUAGCCAGUCUCUGUACUACAAAACCGCAGAGGCCCCCCCUGGUCUGGUGUCAAACCUCACAGCGUUUGCUGAGGAUCACACAUCUGUGUUAGUGACAUGGUUUCUACCUGUACGCAUUAAUGGUCUCAUCACAAAGUUUGCAGUAAAAGUCAAACAUGCUCGAACAGGCCAGACCGUCCGCAUGCUCGAGCUCAACGCAGAGGACAUCAUGAACGGAGCUCUGCCUCACUGCAACGAUGCAGCAGACAUCUUAUCUCGUGGAACUCCAAGCCCGUCCGAGUCUUCCCAGUUGACAUCUGCUGUGUUGCCCACGGUUACGCUCUCAGCCGUACCUCCCGCCUCCAUCUGGAUUGUUCCAAUCAGUGUGAAGAUUGAUGAGCUCCACCCCUACACUCCUUACGUGUUUGAAGUCUCCGCCUUCACCAGUGACGGGGAGGGACAGAUCGCCAGCACUAUGGUCCGCAUGCCAGAGGCUGCCCCUGAAGACCCUCCACAAAAUGUAGUUUUCAGAAACAUCACUUCUAAAUCUCUAUCUCUAACUUGGGAUCCUCCAAAGAUCAUCACAGGACGGUUCAGUUACGUCAUCCAACUCCACAGCUCUGAAGAAUUUAUUAGUGAAAAUGGCACAAUCGAACAGGUGUUUAUGUACACUGGACUGACUCCAUACACACAAUACUACAUCCGCGUGAUGGCCAAAUCAGCAGGGGCCACAGGACCGGCAGCAGUGAUCAACAUUACAACACUAGCAGAAGCCCCGAGUGCUGUGUCUCAUCUGACAGCAGAGGCUGUGGACUCCACGUCGGUCCGUCUGUCCUGGAGACCCCCGAGCCAACCGAACGGACUGAUCACACAUUAUCGGAUUCUAGUGUUAUACCGCAGUACUCUUGUACAGGACAUCACCCUGCGAGAACAGAACGCUCCACUUCGUCGUAAUGCGAGGUCACUUGACAUCACCACAGCAUCUGCAUUCACUCUCACCUCACACGGAACAUUUCCCGUUUUGGGUCGUGAUUUUUCCAACACUGAUAUGGAACUGAGCUCUGACCUUCCUCUGACCCCGAGCACCCCCCACACACCUCCACCCUGGCUCACAGUGACCCAUGACAGAACCGCUGCAUCUGUUCAGGCUGAGACUGAGGCUGUAACCGAGGAGCCUUUGACUGAACUUUCAGCUCUCACUCGAGGAACUGAACAACCACCAUUGGUUAACUUAAGCCCCUCCCAGCCCCGUCGCUCCACUAGGGCGGUGGCCACAGACUCCACCCAGCAGCAGGUGAACCCACCAACAAGAGCUGCCACCACUAUUGGAAUAGAGGUGCCUGGCAGCCCACCUUCCGAUUUGACCUAUGAGGACAUUGGAUCCAGCGAGGUCAACGUGUCAUGGUCGCCCCCGCUUCUCGCUAACGGCAUCAUCCUCUUCUACAACGUGGAAUACUGGAAUGCCACACACAGUCUGAACCAAACCACACAUGUGCCUUAUGUCACCCUGUCCAACCUGCGAAAGUAUGCGCGCUACCGCAUCAGCGUGCAGGCUGCCACACAGGUCGGCAUGGGCAACCACACGAGCGAGAUCCUGAACAUCACCACACUGGAGGAUGUGUCAGUCUUCAAGACGGUUCCGGGUUCAGAGCACUGGUGGGUGUUGUCUGAUCUGAAGGCAGGACAGGAAUACAGUGUAUGGAUGAGUUCCAGCACUUCAGUUGGUGAUGGGGGAGUGUUCAGUCCCCGUCUAAACUUCACCAUGUUAGAGGACGUGCCGAGUGGUCCAGUCCACAACCUCACCGCUACGAUCUACAGCUCUACGGCUGUUGUGAUCAGCUGGGACCCUCCUCUGGAGCCCAAUGGCAGAGUCUUCUAUCAGCUGAGCCUCCAAGAGGCGGGAACGACCCACCCAUCCAUUAACCGCACAGUCAACAUCACUAUCACCAAAACUACCACAGACAACAUCUACCUCUUCACCAAGCUCAGGAAGUAUUUUCCCUACAUCAUAAAAGUCACCCCUGCAACCGGUGCAGGAUCUGCCGUAAACCACACUGCAAUGCUACUCCUGCGAACAGAUGAAGACGUGCCAAGUUCUCCUCCGUUGCCUGGAGCUAGUAGGAAUCUCUCCAGCACCUCCAUCCAUGCGUCAUGGUUCCCCCCAGUGGAGGCCAAUGGCGAGAUUCUAGAUUAUGCUCUAGUUUUACAGGGUCCUGGGACCGUCAACAAAACCUACACCACUGAAACACACCUAAUGCUUUCAGAACUCACUCCAUUUACACCUUACAAUCUCUCCAUCGCUGCGGUCACCCGCAUAGGUGUCGGACCCUCUGUGAUUAUUCCACUGCACACUGAUGAAGCAGUCCCAAUGUCUCCACCACGCGAUCUGAUUAUUUUUAACCACACUUUGAAUUCAGUGUGGCUUCAGUGGGAACCUAGUCCAGAGCCAAAUGGAAUCGUCCAGCACUACGGAUUCCGAAUACUCGAACUAAACACAUACACUUUCAGAUAUCAGAACUCAUCGGAUGCGUCCACACAAUCAGAACUGAGUGGAUUUAGACCUCAUAAUUCACAUGAAAUCAGCGUGUGCGCAUUCACUAGAGCAGGAAAUGGGGAUCAGUACAGCCUGCCUGUCAUAUUCACUACCAAUGAAUCAGUGUCAGAUGCCGUUGGGAAUCUAACCUGCUCUGGAUUGGAUUGGAAUUCAGUGUACAUGGAAUGGGAGCUUCCGAUUCAUUCUAAUGGAGAGAUUCUGUACUACCUCGUUCGCUCUGGAAAUCUGGAGGAGGAGGCUCAUCCUCUCAUGCUCACACACAAAGUGGCGCACACUUUCAUUGGCCUGUUGCCUGACGUUUUCUAUGUCAUCAGCGUGGCUGCAGUUAAUUCAGCCGGAAUAGGGGAAGAAACCAACUGCACUGCACACACUCCACCAGAGUCAGUUCCUGGUCCCCCCCAGUUGCUGACCAUAAUGGACGUUACCUCUGACAGAGUGUCUCUGAGCUGGGAGCGUCCCGUCCAUGUUCCUGGUCUGUUGCAGGGUUAUAAUGUAGAGAUUCAGCAAUUGGCAAGAAAUUGUGAGCAAAAGCAGCAUAUGGAGUCCUGCGUGGAGAGUGGGCUUGUGGAGUGGGUUGAAGGAGAAACCAGUGGAGUCACACUUUCCCCUCUGCUGAAAUAUAGAGAGUAUCUUCCUGGUCCCCCCCAGUUGCUGACCAUAAUGGACGUUACCUCUGACAGAGUGUCUCUGAGCUGGGAGCGUCCCGUCCAUGUUCCUGGUCUGUUGCAGGGUUAUAAUGUAGAGAUUCAGCAAUUGGCAAGAAAUUGUGAGCAAAAGCAGCAUAUGGAGUCCUGCGUGGAGAGUGGGCUUGUGGAGUGGGUUGAAGGAGAAACCAGUGGAGUCACACUUUCCCCUCUGCUGAAAUAUAGAGAGUAUCGUAUCAGACUGGUGGCGUUCACCAGGGCAGGAGCCGGAGAACCCUCCGUCUGGAUCCACACACAGACACUCGCAGGAAACCCUGAUGCCCCCCCUAGUGCCAUAUCAGUGUUUCCUUCUCCCACUGGGUUAAAGAUUGUGUGGGACGAACCAUCGGUCAUCUCAGGGCCCACCUCAUACAUCAUUGACAUCACUGCUUUGGACGGUUCGGGAUAUAACAUAAGCCUAGUGCGGUAUUCAGAGGAGAUCAGGGUGGUGGUUGUCGGGAACCUGACUGCAUUUACCCUGUACUCUAUUACCAUCACCGCCUUCACGGGGCAGCUUUCCAAUGCUCGCACAGACGGCAAAGCAUCUGAACCCGUCCUCGCCAGAACCCUGGAGGACGAGCCCAAAGAUCCUCCCAAAAACGUGACAUUGACGGUGAUCCCAGAGGAAGUGACACGUGUUUAUGUAACGUUCUCUCCACCGGAUGAGCCGAAUGGAAACAUUAGUGCUUACCAUGUCGCCAUCUAUCGCAACGGACAACUGGACUUCUACAUCAACAGCCUGCCUGUGAUCAGCAACCCUAAUAAUACCAUGACGGCCAUUAUAGAUGGACUGAAGGGUGGAUUCAAUUAUAGCAUAAGGAUAGCAGCCGUGAAUGGAGCAGGUUUAGGACCAAGUUCAGAGGUUCAGGUGACCACAGGUGUGAAAGCACCACCCAAACCGUCGAGGAGGCCGCGGGCUGCUCUGAACAACGCAGGUGUCAUCAUCUCUACCUCCAACACCAUCACCAUUGAGAUGCCUGAAUGUUUCUUUACAGAUGACCAUGGACCAAUCCAAAAAGUCCAGGUCAUUGUUUCUGAACCAGCAGUGAUGGACUACGGUAAUCUGUCAAACUGGAAAAGUGUUUUCCUCUACCCUACCGCACCGUACCUGACCGACGAGGGCUUCUUGAACCCAAAGUGCUUGGAGAAAGCAGAGCGCAUGAGCACAAACACUAAAACAUACGUUAUAGGAGCAGAUGAGGGCUGCCUGUCUGAAGAUGCCGAGACACUUUGUAACGGACCCCUCAAACCCAAAACAUAUUAUGUGUUCAAAUUUCGGGCAACAAACAUCCGUGGGCAGUACACAGACUCUGAGUACUCAGAUAGGGUCAGAACCGCAGGAAUGGACGCAAAUAACCGCCUGCUGACCAGAGAUGAGCAGAUCAUUCUUGGAGUCCUGCUGUCAUUUUUCCUGGCGUUGUUUUUAAUUCUGAUUAUAUACGGAUCUGUCAGGAUCCACCGCAGGCAGAAGGAAGGUGGGACGUACUCUCCACGCGAGGCUGAGGUCAUUGAGACCAAGUUCAAGCUGGAUCAGCUCAUUGCAGUGGCCGACCUGGAGCUCAAAGAGGAGAAGAUUAACCGUUCUGUUCUGCUUUGUGUAGUUCUGCCUGAAAGAUCACAUGGAGUGACUCUCCGAUUCGUUUUAUAUAACAAUAGCCGAGUGAAGUUACUGUCUGAGCCAGGAAUGCCGGGGUCGGACUACAUCAAUGCCAGCUUCGUCUCUGGCUAUCUGUGUCCUAAUGAGUUUAUAGCCACUCAGGGUCCUCUGCCUAGUACUGUCGCUGACUUCUGGAGGAUGAUUUGGGAGACGGGGACCAAAACCAUCGUCAUGCUCACUCAAUGCUUUGAGAAGGGCCGGGUCCGCUGUCAUCAGUACUGGCCAGAAGACAAUAAACCCGUCACUGUUUUUGCUGACAUCAUAAUCACUAAACUCACAGAAGACGUGCAUCCUGAUUGGACGGUCCGGGCACUCAGAGUAGAGAGGCACGGAAGUUACAUGAUUGUUCAUCAUUUUAACUACACCUCAUGGCCAGAACACGGCGUUCCGGAGUCAAGCUCCACACUCAUCCAGUUUGUCAAAGCGGUUCGCUCACACAGAGGCCAUGACAACACAACCAACAUGGUCCACUGCAGUGCUGGUGUGGGCAGGACUGGAGUGUUCAUUGCCCUGGAUCAUCUCAUUCAGCAUGUGAGGGAUCAUGAUUUUGUGGAUAUAUAUGGCCUGGUCGCAGAGCUGCGCAGUGAGAGGAUGUGCAUGGUGCAAAACCUGGCUCAGUACAUGUUUCUGCAUCAGAGCACUCUGGAUCUGCUGUCUGCAAAAGGAAACAGUCAGUCCAUAUGGUUUGUAAAUUACUCCGCUCUGGAGAAGAUGGACUCGCUGGAUGCGAUGGAGGGUGAUGUAGAAUUGGAGUGGGAAGAGACGACUAUGUAACAGGGACAUUGUUUCCUGUCAGUCUGUGAGGAGACAUGGGACACACUCAUUAAAAAUCCAGACGCUGGGACUUUGGGACCCUGGGGCCAAACACGCUAAGCAAAGGAUAAACUAGGAAUACAAGUGAUUCAGAAGCAAACUCAAAUAUUCUCACCUAAACGGAUUGUCUCAGUCUCUCAACCUUUCAUUUAUAUCCACCAGACAAUCUCAUCUAUCAAAGUUUUUUUCUAAAGUUCUUGUCCAACUUCUGCAAUUAUUUUAUCUCUACCUAGAAUAUGGCACACCACCUACUUAUGGACUCAAAAUGGAACAGACACCAAAAAUAUGUCUGUUUCUUAAGGAAGUAGGAAUAUUCAGC